AUGGAACUGGAAAUCCACGCCUCUUCCAGCGAUCUGGAGGACAACUUCAUCCCGCCAACACCCGACACCCAGGGCCCUCCGCCGGGCAAAAAUAAUCCUUUUCGUUCCCCUCGCUGCCAGCGUAGGGAACCCAGGACACAGGGUCGCAGAAGGUGCUCCUCUCCUGCCCCCGUGCGGGGCAGUAUUUCCCGCUCAGCAGCCUCAACUCGCGGCAGCACCAGGACCCAGCACCAUGACCCUACCCACUGGACAGUGGCUCGCAUCCGCAGCACUCUCCAUUCCCGCGGCAUCGCGUUCCGUAGGAAGCAGGCUGCUCUUUCUAGCAUCCCGGCGCGGUUCCUUCCGCCGGCCAUUCAGCUGGACGAAGCACACACCACCAGCAACCUCGCGAACCAGGCACGCCGAGGCACGCUGCAAAACUAUUCUUUAGCCACAGCACAGGCCCUGCCACCGCCUCCUCACGCUGCAGCAUUCGAACCACCACCCGUCACAGCGUCCACCAGGAACCUCAUCUUGUCAGAGAUUCAGAAGCUUGGCUCCAGAGGCGGACCCGUACCCUACUCCACUCCCCAGCUUUUCGGAGACCAUCUUCCUAUAAACCACCCCCUCAGCUAUCUUCAGCCCAUCACGGCCGACCUAGCCCUCCAAGCCCUCGCACCCAGGACCAUGCAGUCCUACUGGACUGCUUGGUCGUGCUUCAAACAGUUCCAGGCAAAACACUCACUACCAUUUCCCAGUUUCGAUGCAGUCACCAUAUCAUCAUUUAUCACCUACGCCCACACUUCACUCGGGAUCAAAGUCUCUUCCAUUAGAGUCUACCUAGCUGGCAUUCAUUUAGUCUACAAACUCCUCCACGGCUCCGAAUGCCCUUCCUUCUCUGACACCAGGAUAGGCUUGUUAAUCAAAGGUAUCCGUAGGCAACAGCCAGUCCCCCAAGACUCCCGCCUUCCCAUUACCUCAAGCAUUCUCGCCACCUGCCUCGCUACCCUUCGCAAAGGGUUCAUAUCACCACAUUCCGAUUUCACCAUCUCCGUUAUGUUUAUACUGGCCUUUUUUGGGCUGCUGAGAUGUAGCAAGUUUACAUGCCCUUCGUCUCUCUUCAUUCCCGAUGUCCACACGUGCAUCGCAGAUCUAGAGCAGCUAGACCAAGACACCAUUCGAUUUACCAUCAAACAGAGUAAAACCGAUCAGUUCCGAAAAGGACACUCCAUAUUCAUUUUUAACUCCGCCUCAGAUCUUCAGCCUUUACAAUACCUAUCUCACUACAUCUCAUACCGGUCAGCUCAAGCUUUGUCUACUAGCCCGCUCUUCGUGUCAGACGAAGGGCUACCCAUCACUCGCCACAGAUUCCAGACACUCUUAAAAAACAUUCUAGUCAAAUCUGGUUUUCCCGCGGAUCGCUACUCCGCACACUCCUUCAGGAUAGGAGCUGCCACAACAGCUGCGCUCAUCGGCUUAUCGGAGCAACAAAUUAAAAUACUGGGCCGUUGGUCCUCGGAUGCCUACCAGUCUUACAUCCGCUCCAAUCUAGUGGAUUUACGACUCGCUCAGCAAGCACUUAUGUAG